AUGACUGUGGGUCUUCAUCCCUGUGGGUCUUCAUCCCUGUGGGUCUUCAUCACUGUGGGUCUUCAUCUCUGUGGGUCUUCAUCACUGUGGGUCUUCAUCCCUGUGGGUCUUCAUCACUGUGGGUCUUCAUCCCUGUGGGUCUUCAUCCCUGUGGGUCUUCAUCACUGUGGGUCUUCAUCACUGUGGGUUUUAAUCCCUGUGGGUCUUCAUCACUGUGGGUCUUCAUCACUGUGGGUCUUCAUCCCUGUGGGUCUUCAUCCCUGUGGGUCUUCAUCACUGUGGGUCGUCAUCCCUGUGGGUCUUCAUCACUGUGGGUCUUCAUCCCUGUGGGUCUUCAUCACUGUGGGUCUUCAUCCCUGUGGAUCUUCAUCCCUGUGGGUCUUCAUCCCUGUGGGUCUUCAUCCCUGUGGGUCUUCAUCCCUGUGGGUCUUCAUCACUGUGGGUCUUCAUCACUGUGGGUCUUCAUCCCUGUGGGUCUUCAUCACUGUGGGUCUUCAUCCCUGUGGAUCUUCAUCCCUGUGGGUCUUCAUCCCUGUGGGUCUUCAUCCCUGUGGGUCUUCAUCCCUGUGGGUCUUCAUCACUGUGGGUCUUCAUCACUGUGGGUCUUCAUCCCUGUGGAUCUUCAUCCCUGUGGGUCUUCAUCACUGUGGGUCUUCAUCCCUGUGA